AUGGAUUUGUCUGUGAUUUCGAGCCAGAUGGAUGGGUUUUUUGACAAGUUACCGGCCGACGACUCGACGAUCGAUUUGCAGCCUCUCUUAUAUGAUAUGGUAGGCUAAAAACAACCUCGGGACUAUAUGUAUUACUGACGAACGGAAACAGUUUUUUGCAACUUCGCUAUUUUUUCUCCUGGGAGUCAAUCCCGACGACGAUCUCCCUGGUUGUCCCCACAAAUCGGUAGACUUCAUCUAUUCUUUUCACGAUGCGAUAUUCCGCACCAUAUUCAAAAUCUUGCUAGGAAGAUUCUGGCCACUGGUACCUCAAGCAAAAUACCUCCACAGCUGCAAGUUAACACAUGAGUAUAUCGACUACCAUGUUGCUCGAGCCCUAGAGGAUGAAGAUAGCCUU